CUGAGCACUGGGAGAGAGAGAGAGAGCGAGCGAGCGUAAAAGAGAGAGCGAGAGAGAGAGAGAGAGAGAAAGUGCAAGGGACAGACGUGGAGCUGAACUGAGGGAGCCACGCAGACGUGGAUCUGAGAGGAGGGAGCAAGAAAGAGAGAACGAGAGAGAGACGAACAGUAUCCUGAGAGGAUCUGAGAAACACACAGUGGAACCUGACAUUCAUCCAUUUGGUUUCUCACCAAGAGAAAGGAAAGUUUAAACUCCACAUGGGACUUUAAAUGACAGAGGAGCCACGUGAUACUGGACUGGAGUGCAUCGGAGUCAAAGGAUUCAGAAAGAGAUAGUGAGGUAACACUUGUUACUUUUUUCCUGUAUGAUCAUUGAACUAUCCAUGCAUGUCCAGGUGUCACAGUAGUAAACAAAGCCCCGAGUAGAUAUAGAGCUAGCUGACUGUUGGAACUGCAGAGCACGGUGACUAUGUCCUUCGCCAUGGUGCGGCCGGCGCCCAACCGGUACCUAUACUCAGACAUCUCCAUGUUGUCCGAGGACGAGGAGAAUGGAAGCGAGAGCUCGGGCUCGGAUGACCGCUCCUUCCGGCUGGACGCCAGAGGCUAUGACAUCAAGGUCGGGGGCCGCAAACGGAAGCCAGGCAGCGCUGGAGCAGGGCGUCUGGGAGGGGGUCAGCUCCUGCCUGAGAUGUCGCUCUCGCAGGACGGCUCCAUCUCUCCGACGAGCGGGCUGCCGCGGCAGCGCAACGCGGCCAACGCGCGGGAACGGGACCGCACCAACAGCGUGAACACGGCCUUCACCGCCCUGCGGACCCUCAUCCCCACCGAGCCAGCCGACAGGAAGCUGUCCAAGAUCGAGACGCUGCGGCUGGCGUCCAGCUACAUCUCCCACCUGGGCAACGUGCUGCUGGUCGGGGAGACAUGCGGGGACGGGCAGCCAUGCCAUGCUGGAGCGCCCUCCUCUGCCCACUACUUACAUCACCAUGGAUCUCCAGCCCGCGAUGCAGAGAACUCCCAGCCCAAACAAAUCUGCACAUUCUGCCUCAGCAACCAAAGGAAAAUGAGCAAAGACAGAGACAGGAAAACUGCUCUAAGAAGUUAAUAUCUGGAGGACGACAGAGGGAACUGUGGACCAAAAACGUGACAUGCUUAAGGUGUACAUAAAUCGAAAUCUGUAUUUAAUUAUAUGCCGACCCCCCCAAAAAAAAAGUUUCUGAAGAGGUAAUAAUUGAGACUGUGGGACUUCUUGGACAGUGGAAGCUUGCCCGGACUCAAAGAGGAGAUCGAGAAUAAUCUUCCCUCUAUAAAACGUUCUACACUUCUCCAUUCCAUGACCUCUCAAAGACUUGAAAAGAGAACAAACAAACAAACAAAAAAAUACAUUCCUCUUAUCUUUUCUUUACCUGAGAAUGUCUGCAUAUGUAGACUGAUAAAGCUGAAACUUUAGAACCACAACCCCCUCUGCAUGAGACAGACUCCUAGACAGUCGGUAAGGACCAAGAUGAGCCACGGUGGAACUAAAAGGGGUGUGGUAAGGAGGGUUGUAAUGGACAAGGGCAGGCAAAACUGGAACUCAUGGUUGACUGUAUCAGGCUACUUGCCGUAAAGUGAGCGAACUGUUCCACAAGCCAAAUAUAUAACACAGCUUUCACUUGAAAUUUAACUGGGUUUUCUGGUCAGUGAGUUUCUACCCCGAUGGACAACUGCCUUUCUCAUGAAGAAGAUAAAUCCUCAGCGUUCUGUCUUCUGUUAUUUGAUGUUGUGUACAAUAUUUGUAAGAAUGUGUUAAAAUUCAUAUGACUAAAUAAAUAUGCCUAUGAAUUAAUUAAGUUUA